CCUCUUACAGCCAAGCCAAAAGCAUCCAGUCGAACCCUGGAAAGGAAGCGCUCCUCAGUCGCGUUCACGCAGACAAGAGCCUCCCAGCCUCGCACCAGGCAAACCACCAUCUCCGCCUUCUUCAGCACGCAGACAGAUGAAAAAGACAAAGAAAACUCCAGGCCAUCUCCUUUUAUCCCAAAUAAAGACUGUAAAGAAAAAGGUAUUUCUUUGGCCGCCUCCCCUGUGAAGAUCUUGGCUUUGCCGCGGACGGAGGAAGCCCAGAAGCAAUCCUUCAGCGCCGAGGAGAGGGUGCAGGUUCCAGCCCAGCGUCGUCCACAGAAGGCACCAGCCUCGCCGACUCCUUUGCUGGACGCUCCGUUAUUACACGUGGAGUCUCCCAGCAAGAAUGAAGCCUCCUGUGGGGUGGGAGAGGAUUGCUGCUGCUUCAGCUUCACCCAGGACUCAGAGGGCAACCGGAUCAUCGCUCACAGAAACCAGUCCCGUUUAUUUGCCGGAGAAGCGGUGUCAGCAAGCGGCAGCGUAACUUCCGACUGCGGGAUGGAGCAACAAGCGGAACAUCAAUCCUGCUACAACGAGAGACAGCACCUGGACUGCUGGCUUCUAUCCAUCUCCACGCCGACCGGCCGGAGCACAGCCCCCGCGAGAGCGCCGAGCAGCCACAACGCUGGGGCUGGCGCAGGCGAGGAAGGACGGGGCAGUGAGCCAGGACUGAGCAGUCCCUGCAGGCAGCUCUUCACCCAGGACUCAGAGGGGAACAGGGUCAUCGCCCACCGCCACCAGCAGGUCCCAUCUCCUCGCAAGGACCACGGCUGCUCGCGCAGGCCGCUGCCGAACUCUCCCUACAAGGGCUGUUCCCGUGACGCUGCAAACAGCAGCUGGAGCAAACUGGGGCAGCAGCAGCUAGAGGUGUGCUACGAUUCACUGUUCACACAGGAUUCGGAAGGGAACAGAGUGAUUAAACACUGGUAA